CUUGGUUUGAAAAGGCAGUGUGCGAUUGUCAAGCAAACAGGCUUACAGACUCCAUAGAUAGCUAGCGGUCUUUACUGUUCUUGAUUUUACGUUGGUUUUUUAAUGAGUACCUUUAGUUUUUGGUUGACUUGCAUUAUCAACCUAGAUGGCUUAUUACCUGACGCCGUCUGUUUAGCUGCUCUUUAACUGUUACGCUCAGCUUCAGAAGUUUUCGAUUAAACCAAGGUUUUGAUACGGUAUUAACGUGCGCUUAAAUGUGAAUUGAAGUUCUUUCGCUGAGUGCGGCUGACAUUACUUCUGUUUAAGUUAAUUUCGCCGCCUGUGUGUCCGUAUUCAUCUGCAUUUGAUAUUCCUCGGUUGGUGAAAUUGAAGGAAAUGAAACCAAAUUAGAGGGACACAGAAGUCAGACUGUACUAGAGCAGGACGGUGGCUGAAGAGAAGUGGGAAGAUGGACCCAGUGUUUUCAGACCAUUCGGCAACAGUGGAUGAACUGGUGUAUGCCUGCAUCAAGGCCUUUGAUGACAAGGGUGUCCUGCAGGACCCAUCUCUCGUGCGCAUGGUCCUCAUGAUGCACCCGUGGUACAUCUCUUCUACUGACCUUACCAGGAAACUGCUCCUCAAAUUUCAAGAGGAGAAUGUUGCAGUUGAAUUGCAGACAAAAAUCUGUCACCUGGUCCGGUACUGGAUCUCUGAAUUUCCUGCUGAAUUCAAUUUGAACCCAGAGCUAGCAGAACAGAUCAAAGGCCUCAAGGAUCUGCUCACCAGCGAGGGCAAUGAGUGCCAGAGUGAUCUGAUUGACAUUGAGAAUGUCCCAUCCUUUGAAUGGAAGCGACAAGUAACACGUCGUGUUACUUCUGUCUCCAAGAAGAGGAAGAUGUCACUACUCUUUGAUCACCUGGACUCCUGUGAACUUGCUGAGCACCUCACCUACUUGGAGUAUAAAUCUUUCUGCAAGAUCUUGUUCCAGGACUACCACAGCUUUGUGAUGCAUGGCUGCACUGUGGACAACCCCAUUCUGGAGAGGUUCAUCACGCUCUUCAACAGCGUGUCACAGUGGAUCCAGCUCAUGGUCCUUAGCAAGCCCACACCGCCACAGAGAGCCGCUGUGUUCACUCAUUUCAUCAGUGUAGCUCAGAAACUGCUGCAGCUGCAGAACUUCAACACUUUGAUGGCUGUUGUAGGGGGACUAAGUAACAGCUCCAUCUCCAGACUUAAAGAUACUCAGGCACACAUCAGCAGUGAGACUAAUAAGGCUUUCAACAGCCUGACAGAGUUGGUGACAUCUUGUGGGAACUACAGUCAGUACAGGCGCCGCUUCUCAGAGUGCUCUGGCUUUCGCUUCCCCAUCCUUGGAGUGCACCUUAAAGACCUGAUUGCAGUGCAUGUGGCUUUACCAGACUGGACUGAUUCGGAGAAAACCAGAGUGAAUCUGACCAAAACACAACAGCUUUAUGUCAUUCUCCAGGAGUUGGCAUUGGUCCAAACCAUGCCUCCCAGCAUUGAAGCUAACAUUGACCUUCUUAACCUGCUGACGGUAUCUCUGGAUCAGUACCAUACUGAGGAGGAUUAUCAGUUGUCUUUACAGAGAGAACCUUGCAACAGUGAGCCUUUGUGUUUGAUUUACUUUUUUUUCCAGGAAUCUGCUCCAAGCCGUUAUUCUGCCCCCAAUCCAUCGUUGAUUAAUGAGUGGGCAUCAGCAGUGAAACCUAAAGCAGACCCAGCCAUUAUCACUAAGCACAUUGAGAAGAUGGUGGAGUCAGUGUUUAAGAAUUUCGACACAAAUGGGGAUGGCUACAUUUCCCAGGAAGAAUUUGAGAUCAUACAGAACAACUUUCCAUAUCUCAGCAAGUUUGGUGAACUGGACCAGAAUCAUGAUGGCAGAAUCAGUAGAGAGGAGAUGAUGAAUUACUUCAUGAAGGCCAGCUCUCUGCUCAGCUGCAAAAUGGGCUUCAUCCACACCUUCCUGGAGACCACCUAUGUUAAACCAACCUUCUGUGAGCACUGUGCUGGCUUUAUAUGGGGAUUUUACAAACAGGGAUACAAGUGUAAAGUGUGUGGAGUGAAUUGUCACAAAGCCUGCCGCAGCCAACUGGCAGUGGAGUGCCGCAAGCGAGCCAAAAGCAUCAGCCACGAUACGCUGCCUGCCCGGCAGGCUCGCUCAUGCAGCCUCCCCGUUCAGGACCUGCCCCCUAAUAGGCUACAAGUCACAGAUAUUGCAGAGGAGGACAUUGAGUCUCUUAAGGAAGAAGUGCUUAGUAUUCAUCUAUAACCAGAUAUUGCGACACUACUGCCUCGGUAAAUAAAUUGAUCCCGCAGUGUGACACCUGUCAUGAAAGUACCUCAUUAAAGGACAGAGGAGUCGGGGGUUGGAACCACCAGUGAAAACUGAAGUAGAUGGAAUCUGCAUUUAUAUGAGUGUGCCAUCCUGUGGAAGUACACUGCAAGUACACAUGUGAAAUUCUUACAUUUCCUUUCUAUAAAAGAUGGUUAUGAUAUGCUUUUUGA